CUACAGAACUAGACGACAGAAACAUUCAGGUACGUCAUUCUUCACAAUUUCAAUCUAGCUCUCUUCUUCUUCCCCAAAUCUUUCCCUCAAUAAAAUUCUAUAAAUCUCUGAAUUUUGACUGAAACAUGAAUUGGAAUUGAGUUCGGUUUUCUUUCUUCAGUACAGAGAAUUGAAAUUGAAACUAUUCGGGUCUGAUUUGGUCUGAUUUUUGUGCGUUUCGAAGUUGUUUUCGGCGUCAAUGGAUCAUGCUGAACUAACCACUGAGCAGGUUCUGAGGAGGGACAUUCCAUGGGAAACAUACAUGACAACAAAACUCAUUUCAGGAACGGCCCUUCAGCUGUUGAGGCGUUAUGACAACAGAUCUGAAAGUUACAGGGCACAGUUGUUGGAAGAUGAUGGCCCAGCCUAUGUCCAUGUUUUUGUUAGCAUUUUGCGUGAUAUAUUCAAGGAAGAGACAGUGGAAUAUGUUCUCUCUUUAAUUGAUGAAAUGUUUACAGCAAAUCCAAAAAGAGCCCGAUUAUUUCAUGACAAGUCUCUAGCAAAUGAAGAUACCUACGAGCCUUUCUUAAGUUAAGUAUUUAUGCAAAAAAAAUUAAGUUGUAGUUUUUGCAUUUAAAGUCAUUGUUUUCAAUUAAGGUGAUAGUGCAGUACUUAACUGUAAAAUGUUCUUUUUAAUGGAUGUGAUUUCCAUAUAUUAUUGCUUUCUAAAUGUAAAAUAAUUAUUCCCCCCUUUCAUCUUUACAUGGCCUUUAACAUUUUCCCUUUUGUUUGUGAACUAAAUGGUUACUUAGUUCUAAAUUCAUUUUACUGGCUUUAGUUCUGAAAAUUGUAAUAUUUUUUUUACCUUUUGUUUUUCUGAAAAUUGUAAUAGUUUUUUUACCUUUUGUUUUACUGGCACUUGUGCUGUUUAGUGGUUAGAGUUUGAAUCUGAUAUUUGUAUUCCAAAUAACUAUGCUUUUUAAUU